AUGAAUGCACCACGUAGUGAUGUUGAUUUGAAGAUAAAUAUAAUGACACAUGGUGAGACUGAGGCAAUGACAUCAUAUGGGGUUGUUGAUCAUGAAUUAGAAAUAGCACCUCAUGGAGAGCAUGGAGUGACAAAUGAAAAUGAAGAGAAAGAAGAUGAAUUGCAAGAGCAAGUUAGAUGCAAGGCCAAAACGAAUGACCUGGUGCUUAUUGGGAAUGACUUAAGACAAUGUGAAGAAUUCAAAAAAUACCUUGAUAGAUGUUUUCACGUCAAGGAUCUUGGAAAACUCAAAUACUUUCUAGGAAUUGAAGUUGGUCAUUCACCUGAUGGCUUAUUUCUUUGUCAGCGCAAAUAUGCACUUGAUAUUCUAACUGAAUGUGGGAUGCUUGGAUGUAAGGCAAGUCCAUUCCCUAUGGAGCAACAACAUCGACUUAGUGUGGAUUCUGGAGAAAAGUUAUCUGAUGUUUCAAAGUAUAGAAGCUUGGUUGGAAGGCUCAUAUACUUGACUAUCACUAGACCUGACUUGACUUAUGCAGUGCAUAUCCUUAGUCAAUUUAUGCAUGAGCCAAGACGAAAUUGGGCUAGUUGUCCUAUGACUAGACGAUCAGUUACGAGUUAUUUUAUGAACCUUGGGAAUGCUCCUAUCUCUUGGAAAACUAAAAAGCAACCUACAGUAUCACGAUCUUCAGCUGAAGCAGACUAUUGA